GCCCCCUCCCCUCACUUCAGCAGGAGAGCUGGAGGGGCGGGGGGGACCGUCCGGCUGGGCUCCACUCAGCAAACGCUGCAAGACUGCCUGCCUUCUUACCUGCAGCAGCCCUGGAGAGACCAGGUGCAAAAGUAUCAGCAGCAGGAGGGAAGCAGAUGUAGGAGCGCAGGGGCCUGAGCAGGGAUGCCCCCUCUCCAGCAGAAGCAGAAGGAAGGGGAGAUAACCAGAGGAAUUAAUAAGAAUACUAAACAUCGUCCUGGAGAGUGAAGGCAGAUAUCCAUUCUUUUGAUAUACCCCUUCCAACUGAUCCAGUGGGAUAAUCACCUCACUCUUCUGCCAUGGACAAUUUCAACUUCACCACCACACUGGCUUCCUGGGAAGAGAAUUCAACAGCCAACUGGGCAGGCCCUGUUUCCGGGAACCUAUCGCAAGCUUCCAGGCUCGGCCUGGAUGUCAGUGGUGUCCUCAUCCCUCUGGUUUACCUCAUCGUCUGCGUGCUGGGACUAGCCGGAAACUCCCUGGUCAUCUAUGUGGUUUUGUGCCAUUCCGUGAGCGAAUCGGUGACCAACGUCUACAUUUUCAACUUGGCUCUGGCCGACGAGCUCUUCAUGUUCGGCCUGCCCUUCUUGGCUGCACAAAACGCCUUGUCCUAUUGGCCUUUCGGUUCCUUCAUGUGCCGGCUAGUGAUGGCCGUGGAUGCUAUAAACCAAUUCACUAGUAUUUUCUGCCUGACCGUGAUGAGUGUGGACCGCUACCUGGCGGUAGUGCACCCGGUGAAAUCGUCAAAAUGGCGGACGGCACGUGUGGCGAAGGCGGUCAGCGCCACUGUUUGGGUGCUCUCUUCCGUGGUGGUGCUGCCUGUGGUUGUGUUUUCAGAUGUCCCCCUGGGCAUGAGCACAUGCCACAUCCAGUGGCCAGAGCCAGCUUCAGUAUGGAAAGCAGGUUUCAUUGUCUACACAGCCACUCUUGGCUUCUUUGGGCCUCUGCUGGUCAUCUGCCUAUGUUACCUGCUUAUUGUUGUCAAGGUUCGGUCCUCAGGCAGAAAGGUGAGAGCGCUGACAGCCAAGCGCAAGCGCUCCGAGCGAAGAGUCACGCGCAUGGUGGUUGCUGUUGUUGCGGUCUUUGUCCUCUGCUGGCUGCCUUUCUAUGUGCUCAACAUCAUCAACGUCAUUUGGACUUUGCCCGAGGAGCCAUCUCUCUUUGGCAUCUACUUCCUUGUCGUGGUCUUGCCCUAUGCUAACAGCUGUGCCAACCCCAUAAUCUAUGGCUUCCUCUCGUACCGCUUCAAGCAGGGUUUCCGCAGGGCUCUCCUCAGACCCUCCCGCCGAGUGCAGAACCAAGAAAUCGCAGCAGCAGCAACCACGGGUGGUAAGAUGGAGGAAGAGGAAGAGGACGAAAUGGAGGCAGAAGCAAGUGAGGUCAGCAAGAUUGCCCAAAAUGGCAAUGGCAUGCAAGAGUGCGCCCCCAUCAGUGGGGCAGGGGGGAGCAGUGAACAGAAGCCACUGCCAGAGGAGCCUGGGAUCUCUGAGAAGCCCAGUAUUAUGAACAUUAGCUACUUAUAGUGACUCUUUUUCUCUCUGAAACACCCUAGCAGUGACUCAUUUGGAAUAACAAACGGAAGGAUCAUUCAUAAUGCAAGGGAUUCCUAAAAAAAACAGAAAGCCUGAGACGGAUGUGGGCAGAUAAAUAUCUGCUUUCAGACAGUAAAGCAAGGCGUAACAACGAGAGUAGCGGGUAGAGCAAAGGCUUCUGGGAUUUGGUUUGGAAGAAGUGUAUUUCCUUGCCUGACAUGAUUGGUUAUUAGAGUAACUCUAAUAGUCAUCGGGUCAGCCGAGUAAGGUCAAGAGAGUCUGUGUCCUCUCCAACAUCUUACAGCUGAAAACAGGGAUUCUCAUAUUUAUGAUUCUCAGACCAAGGAUUUCUGCCAAGAAGCGAUCCCACCUCCAUCCAUGCAUUAUUGCACAUUGUUGAAGGUGUUCUGUGC